AUGCCUUCUUGGCAGUUUGUAGAUAAUUAUAAUAACGACUCUUUUGUUAGAAUCUGGAUAGGAUGGGAUCCUUCUGUUGCUAAGGUUUCUAUCUUACAUUCUUCAACUCAGUGCAUGUUUGUCUUAGUGGAUACUUACAAGGAUUUAUCCUUUGUUGCUACUUUCUUAUAUGGGGAUAAUAAUAUUAUUGUUAGAAGAUCCAUGUGGGAGGAUAUUGUUAAUUUCAAUCAGUUUAAUUCAAAACCUUGGAUUAUAUUGGGGGAUUAUAAUUUUAUUCUAUAUUCUGCGGAGAAGACUGGUGGGGCUGACAUUCGACCUUCUCAUUAUCAAGAUUUGAGUAAUUGUGUUCAAGAUGAAAAUCUGUUAGACCUUCCUUAUUCUGGAUGUUAUUAUACUUGGUUCAACAAACAAGAUGAUUCUAGGAUUGGUUCUAAAAUUGAUAUAAUUAUGGUGAACAUGGAGUGGAUUGAUCAGAUUGUUGAUUCUAAAGCAGAGUUUCUUAAUCCUGGGAUAUCUGAUCACUCCCCUGGGUUAGCUACUAUAUUUGAGAAAAGGAAGCAUGGUCCACCACCAUUCAGAUUUGUUAAUUUCAUGACUGAAGAACCUGAUUUUCUUGAUUUGGUGAGGAAUGUCUGGAAAGAUAAAGUCGGGGGUAACCCUAUGUUUGUUUUUAUGUCUAAACUUAGAAAUGCUAAGGAUGCUAUUAUUAAAUGGAAGAUAACAAGGUUCAAGAAUCUUUCUGAAAAAGUUAUGGAAGCUAAGAAGGAGAUGUUUUCUGUUCAACAACAAGUGCAAGCAAAUCCUCUCUGUCCUUUUUUGGCUAGGAAGGAGAAACAAGUUGUUCAGGAGUACUCCAAGGUUGCUAGAUAUGAAGAAUAUAUGAAGAAGCAGAGACCAAGAGUUAUGUGGAGUUCUAGAAUGCUUCAAGAAGUUAAUAGUACCUUCUUAACUUCGGUAGCAAAAAAGGAGAACCCAAAUGGUGUUGAUGAUUACAGACCCAUCAUGUUGUGGGGUUGUUUACAAGUUCAUUGUAAAAAUAUUGUCUCUAAGAAUGAAGUUUCUGUUGAAGUCUUUGAUCCAUCCUUAUGCACUCUUAAAAUUGAUUUGAGAAAAGCCUAUGAUACAGUUAGCUGGGAGGCAGUCCUUAGUACCUUAAGGAAGAUGGGGUUCCCUGCUUUAUUUAUUGGUUGGAUCAGUCUGUGUAUUUCUUCCCCAAAGAAUUCCAUUCUUAUCAAUGGUUCUCCUUAUGGGUAUUUUGGUGCUAGUAGAGGGCUUAGACAAGGGUGUCCCCUUUCUCCCUAUCUCUUUGUUAUGGUGAUGGAGCUGCUGAAUGACGUCCUUAUGUUUUUCAAAGGUAAUCCUCAAGCUGCUUAUAAUGUUAAUCAGGGUAUCAUUGAAUUUGGAGAAUGCACUGGACUUCAAAUUAAUCAAUAG